AUGCCGGAUAUGGAUCGCGUUCCCGGCAACCGGAUCCUAGAGUACAUCCAGGAUUUGGCCUCGACCAAGAAAGCUCUUCCUUACGGCCAACCGGUGGUCGCGCUUGUCUCUCAAACCGUCACCGACUCUGCCGCUCUUCUGAAGCUGGCAGAGGAGGUUGGCCCUCACAUUGCGGUGCUCCAGGUGCAGGCAGACAUUAUCGACGACUGGUCAGACGAAACCAUCGAUCAGUUAACCUACUAUGCCAAGAAAUAUGGCUUUAUCUUGUGGGAAGGGAGCCGGGUUCUGAACUCCACCGUCAACUUCAUGGGCCGCGGGAGCGCCGACUGGCAAACGCGAAAGGUCCUGGCCGACCUGGUCAAGCCGAAAUACACACAUGGAACUGCCAAGGUGGCUCGGUGGUCGAAUAUAGCCACCUCAUGGGCGACCGGAGUGUCAUUGGGCGAGCAAGAGAAGGACCUGUUGAUCCCAACGCUUCGCACAGCGGCUCGGGAGGCUGUUGCAACCACCGUGAAAACCAUUGAAACCCAGAUCUCAGCGGCAAAUGUCGAGGACCAUCAUGAGGAAGUUGAAGCUCCCAUGUCUCCGCUUAGUACCAAUGGCUGGCAUGAGUUUAGCUCAGACAGCAUCGGCUAUGCCCUGCGGAAGUCAUCGACUAUCUCCGUCACCGAGUCAGUCGUCCUACAACCACAUGUCGAACCGGAAGACGGUGUCCCUGCCCCACCACUACUAUCACGAGGCCUGGUCCUCUGCUUGCCGUGCGCUAUUAAUUCAGCAUUUACAUUCAACUUCCGUCAAAGCACAAUAAUGGCAGCAUGUGCAAAUCAUGAUUUUGUUGUUGGCCUCAUCGCUAGUGAACCAUUUUUCACAGAUUAUAGCGGGAAUUACCUGUUCGACCUGGCCUUCCAAGAUGGCCAGGGAACACCGCACCUUGAUCGCAACCUGCACGAAUUUUGGCCAUAUUUGGAAAACCGGAAUUCAUUCGCCUUGUUCUCUCUCAUUCCAGAUGAGAUCCUUCAGAAUUAUGAAUCAGACCCCAUCCGCAGCAUGAACAGGGACUCAUCAGAAGGUGAAACCCCACAAAGCGUCGUCAAAUUACACUACAUAGUGGAUCAAGCAUUGAAAAUGCGCGAUGCCAGCCGCAAAGAGAACCAGGGAAAUCAGCAGCGAGAUCCCUCCGUACCCGCCGGGCCCAGCAUCUUCCACGUCCCGAUCGUCAUCCUCCCCUGA